UGCGCGCGGGGGCACUGGCGUCGCCCCCCAGCCAGUACCGUGCGCGUCUCCGAGUCUGCUGCACUCGUUUAAUGUUGACGCGCCCACCUGCCGCACACCGAAAACAAACUGUAUGAAUUAACCAUGACUCGGUUAAGCAUCUCACUAGGGACGGUGUUUCAAUAGUUGUUUAUGUGAUAAUCACCACAUCGUGUGUUAAUUUUGGGACACCAAGGCAGUGGUAAACAACCGGUCCAGAUAGGGAGGCUGUGCCGGUCUCACGCCCGUGCCCGUCUACAGAGGAAUGCGGCAAUUUUAACUACUGCGGAGCCCGGGAACAUUCACGGUUGGGGAUCGACCGAUAACUGUCUGUCCAAUAACAAGUUGCUGACUGUGGGCGGAUGCACCGAAUACAGGUGAUGCAUCAACGAUGAGUCGCCGCGCGCGGCCGUGACAUGGGAGCGCAGGCAUGGGCUGGCGCGCCGUGCAACCGCCGCACAUCGCCGCCGGCUUGCUUCUGCUGCUGCUAGUCAAUCUACCAGUGACCUGCCACCAAGACCACCAAGAUGCUGUGCACAUCACAGCGAUCCUCGGAGAGAGCGUCGUGUUCAACUGUCAGGUGGACUUCCCUGAAGACAUCCCGGUGCCGUACGUCUUGCAGUGGGAGAAGAAGGUAGGCGAAACGGGACAGGACAUCCCAAUCUACAUCUGGUACGAGAGCUAUCCAACGCACAGCGGGGAGGGGUACGAGGGCAGAGUGUCGCGUGUCGCGCCCGACUCGCCUUAUGGAGCUGCCAGUCUCAAUCUCACCAAUAUUAGGGAAUCCGAUCAGGGUUGGUACGAAUGUAAGGUGGUAUUCCUCAAUCGUUCACCGAACCAACACAAGAACGGCACUUGGUUCCACCUGGACGUUCACGCGCCACCGCGCUUCUCCAUCACACCGGAAGACAUUAUAUACGUUAAUUUAGGAGAUGCUAUCAUACUCAACUGUCAAGCGGAGGGUACGCCCACACCCGAAAUCCUAUGGUAUAAGGACGCGAAUCCGGUGGAACCAUCCGGCACAGUGGGCAUCUUCAACGACGGCACGGAACUCCGCAUCAGCAAUAUCCGCCACGAAGACAUUGGCGACUACACGUGCAUAGCCCGCAACGGGGAGGGUCAAGUGUCGCACACGGCGCGCGUUAUCAUUGCCGGCGGUGCUGUUAUCACUAUGCCUCCAACGAACCAAACAAAGUUAGAGGGUGAAAAGGUACAGUUCUCGUGUGAAGCCAAAGCCUUACCUGGGAACGUGACAGUGAAGUGGUUCCGUGAAGGGGCGCCCGUAGCCGAGGUGGCGGCGCUUGAGACAAGGGUAACCAUUCGAAGAGAUGGCGCGCUGGUCAUCAACCCGGUCGCUGCUGACGACUCGGGACAAUACCUCUGCGAAGUCUCCAAUGGCAUCGGAGACCCGCAGAGCGCUUCAGCGUAUUUAAAUGUCGAAUAUCCUGCAAAAGUAACGUUCACACCCACCGUGCAAUAUUUACCAUUUCGUCUGGCGGGCGUGGUGCAAUGUUACAUCAAAGCGAACCCUCCUCUUCAGUAUGUUACGUGGACAAAGGACAAAAGGCUGCUAGAACCCUAUCAAACAAAAGAUAUAGUUAUUAUGAAUAAUGGCUCUCUACUGUUCACCCGAGUCAAUCAGAACCAUCAGGGUCGGUAUACCUGUACACCAUACAACGCUCAGGGUACACAGGGAUCGUCAGGACCUAUGGAGGUACUCGUACGCAAACCUCCAGUUUUUACAGUGGAACCGGAACCGCUGUAUCAAAGAAAGGUGGGUGAGUCUGUGGAGAUGCAUUGUGAGGCUCAAGAGGCGGAGGGCACGCAGCGGCCCAGUGUGACGUGGCGGCGGCGCGACGGGCUGCCGCUGCAGAAGAGUCGGGUGCGCGCGCUCGCCGGCAACAUCACCAUCGACACGCUGCGCCGACAGGACUUUGGCAUCUACCAGUGUGUCGCCUCCAACGAGGUGGCUACAAUUGUAGCGGAUACGCAACUAGUGAUAGAAGGCACGCAACCCCACGCGCCGUACAAUGUGUCGGGAACAGCGACGGAAUUCCAGGUGACGCUACGCUGGCAGCCAGGUUACGCGGGUGGGCCCGACUACAAGCAGGACUACACAAUCUGGUACAGGGAGGCUGGCUUCUCCGAGUGGACCAAAGUACCCGUUACGCCCUCUGGUGCUACUUCUGUAACAAUAAAUCGCCUUCAACCGGGUACUACGUACGAAUUUCAAGUGAACAGCAAAAACACAAUAGGUGAAGGAAUGAUGAGCAAGGCUAUCACAAUAAGAACAUUAGAUGUAGGCGCGAAGCCGAAAGUACCGCCCACCCUGGCGGGCCCAGUCGACGAUAAGAUAUUUCCAAAUCCACCCGAAGGUUCUGGUCCAAAGUCUGGUCCGCCGCGCAAUUUAACCGUGACAGAGGUGCAUAAUGGGUUUCUAAUAACAUGGCAAGCGCCUCUAGAACGAGCACACCUUGUACAGUACUACACGAUCAAAUACCGCACCGACGCGCAAUGGAAGACCCUUAACAGAGGACAAAUCCGUCCGGAAGAAACCAGUUACCUUGUCAAGAAUUUGGUGGGCGGCCGAACCUAUUAUUUCCGCGUGUUGGCCAACUCUGCAAGCAGCUACGAGAGUUCCGAUGAGGUGAAAUUCCCGGUGCCGGCGAGGGUAAAGCAUAAAGCGAUCACGGCUGGCGUGGUCGGCGGCAUACUGUUCUUCAUUGUCGCUAUCAUACUAUCUGUGUGUGCUGUCAAGAUAUGCAAUAAGCGAAAACGUCGCAAGCAGGAGAAAGCAUACAACAUGGUAGCCGCGCGACUGACAGACCUCCGCGCCGCUGACAGCACUCAAGUGCCUUUUAAGAAAUUUAGAGAACGCGGAAUAUCGAGUAUAGUACAGUGCUUGCGAUUCACCGCGAACUGGGUGUGGCCGGCGUCGCGGUGCGGCGGCGAGGCGCAAUACUGGGGCUCGGUGGGGCGCGUGUCGGCCGCUCCCCCCGCACCGCCCUCGUCCUCCUCGUCCUCGGCGCCGGCGUCGGCCGCGCCCUCGCCCGCGCCCUCCUCCUCCGACGACGGCGGCUUCCUGCCGCGGCUGCGCGCGCCGCUGCGGCCGUCCGCCGCGCCGCCGCUGUUCCGGGCGUCGUCGCCGGCGCUGGCGCUGCACUGGCCGCCGUGGCCGCCGUGGCCCCCGUGGGCGGCGUGGACUCCCUGGUCGCCGCUCCACGUGUCGGACCUCAGCUCUGUGCCUUUCCCCAGCUCGGCGGACGGAUCGUUCCCGACCCCCCCUUCACCGUUUCGACUGCGAGCGAUGCGGAUAGACCCCAUGUCGCGGUCGAGCAAUCUAGCUCGGCCAAGAGCGCGGCCGCUGCUCCGACACACUCGACCGCGUACUAUCUCGGAGCCGCCACCGCACGAGGCGUCGCCGGAGAGUCGCAGCUCGUCGAGCGGCUUCGGCAGCAAGAACGCGUCGUCAUCGCAGCACAACCGUAGCAGCCGCACGGGCAGCCUGGCGGAGUGGCGGCCCCCGCCGUACCGGCCGCCGCCGCCGCCGCCCCGGCCCGGAUCCGGCGAGGCGGCGGACGCCGGUUCCGUGGACGUCCACUACGAGUUCGAUCGCGCGACGCGCACACCCACGCCUUCGACACCGGAGAGGCCGCGGGCGCGACCGUCGCGUGACGACGUCGAAGCGCGAGUUCGGGCUAUGAAAGAGGAAUUCUUGGAGUUCCGCAAGCGGCAAGCACUACGACGACGAUCGCCGGAACCACUGGGUCCGCCACCGAUGUCGUUGGUGCCUUUGCCGCUGUCUCCGACCUCUCCAGCCGAAACUGUGUGCUGAAUGGCACUGUGUUGGAACAUGCUCUUACCCCACCGAUUCCCUGUUCGAGUUAUGAUUGUCAUCUCCACUGAAUACAUGGAUCAAUGUUCAAACCGUUUCUAUUAUUGGAUUUGAAUAACAGUAUCUAGCACAUAAAUGUACUCAGUGGAAAUUAUAAUUUUAAACGAAUUUUGCUUGAUCUCUUUAUAAAGUAGCAACAAAUAAUUAAAUUUCAUUCGAGUAAUUACUAUGUUCGAAUAGAUAAUUUGACUUUAUCAGCAAACCUCCGCCUAGCAAAUAAUAAACGAUGGGCACAGAGAGGCUAACCUAACCCACUGAUAGUUAUGCUGUUCGAUGAGAUUUACAUAAUGUUCGACCUGGAAUGAGCUGAACGAAGGCAAUAUUCCGAGGUAGAUAUGAAUUGAUACGUUCACUCUUUAAGUAGUGUUAUUAAAACUCCCACCUUGGUCGCCGGCGCUGCGAACUACGCCGGCGACUCUUAUAUAAUAGGUUAUUUAGAAACGAUGACAUCGGUCGCAUAUUGAUAUAUGACUGUAAUAAUGUACGUAUAUAAAGUGGAUGCUGGGGCAUUUUGUAUUCGCACUGCCUGUACUCGAAUAACUGAUAUAAUUGUGUCAAUUAACCAGUCGAGAAAUACAUUUCCAUUUCAACACGGCAAACUUAAUAUGAACAAUUCUAUAAUAUAUAUAUAUAUAUAUAUUGCUAAUAAUAUCCUCAUAUACCUAAGAGAAUAUAGGAAUUUACAGUGAAUUGCGUCAAAACUUGGUGCUCUGUAUCGAAUAUCUUAACUCUCGCAUGUUUUAAUGUAACACAAAAUCUUUAAAAAUUAAUAAUUUGUGAGACGAUUAUACAAAUCAUAAUAAAAUUUUUAAAUAUGUAAAGUAUUCUAAAGACACAUUUUUUCAUCAAAAGAACACAUAUUACAUUGAGUUCGUAAUAAAAUUAGAACAUACAAGCCAUAACCAAAAUAAAUAUGUUGUAGGUACAGUAAUUUUAAGACAUGCUUAGAUCUCGUUGCGUAAAAACAUUCCGCGGUGGGCAGGCAGUGCGGAGCAAUUCGUUCACCUAAACGCUUUAGGUAUGAGUGGGGAGGCAUCCACGACACCCCUCAUACCAACAUUAUAUUGUAGUUAUUAUUGUAACUAAUUACGAAUAACGAUUUAUUAAAAAAAGAGCGCCCGCAGCCGGCCCUGGACUCCGGGACCUAGUGAUUUUAAUUAUGCCCGGUGACACUACGGCCCGACGUCGCGUGCCGGCUUCGAGGGCUCAUUUAUAUAUAAUAUACAACAAAAUAAUCAUAAGUAGAUAUUAGAUAUAAUGUAGAUCGAAACAAGACGUAUAAACUGAAAUGUGUUUGAUAUUUUCAAGAUUUAUUUUUCAAGUACAAAUUUAUUAAUUUUAUUAUUGUUUAUGUACCUACAUUAUUUAAUUUAAAAAACUGUAAAUAUGUAAAAAAGACAUAUUAGAUAUUAUCUUAUACACUUAUUUAUUUAGUAAUUGUAUGUAUGAUUGAGGUUCUCUUGAACUUUUUGCCAGUACUUGUGAGGCACUAGACACUGUCGCCAUUUCUUGCUAAUUAAUUUAAUGUUUUUAUAUUUUUUACUGUUAUACAUACUUAUAAUAUAGCACCAAACGAAUGGCUCGUGUCGAUGCUCAAAGUACAUACACAAAAGUUCAGUCAAUUGUUUUAUACUUGGGCACUUGUCUGCCCGAUCAGUGCCCACUAUGUAUAUCGACUGAAGUUAUACAUACCUAUAUGUUUCAUCGAGUCACGUUACAAAUUGGACAGAGGCAUUCAAUAUACCAAUUAUUUAACAAUACAAACGUAAUUCGUCUCUCGGUUCCUGGAGCGAUCCCACCUAAUAGAUGACCAGUCAAUGAAAAGACUGUUUAGUAGAUAUUACAUUUGUUAUUAGGUUUAUUUAUCGCCUCGGACGUGCUCUUCAAUAUCUCCUUGCAUGCACGUUGCACUGUUUUGUAUGCGUUGUUUGUGAAACAGGACAUCUCUAAUACUGGUAUAUUGUGUUAAGGACCUCCUAAGAAAUAAGAAUAAAAAUGUACGCUUUAAAGAAAUUGAGAUAAAUUAUUGAUAACAAAUAGAUAGGUAGGUAUGAUAAGGUGUAGUUAUAUAUGUGCGUGCAUGGAUUGAGAGCGCCUGAGCUGACUGCCAAGACUGGAACUGGGCGUCUGAUAAUGCCGCUUUAUACGGGUCGUAAUAGGAUUUGCUUUGUAUAUCCCGCUGAUAGAACUGUACUAGUCUGUUAAUUUGACGCCCUAAACGCGUGAGGCCUAUUAUUCUCGGCGGUAUAGUCCGUCACAAAACAAAUCCUAUUAGGAUUCGUUUGAACCCGGGGCCAAACAUACAUUUAAAUGCGCAAAUUCCUGCAAAGUUGUAAUAUAUGUAUAUCGAGAUACAAGUAUGUCGCACACCUACUGACAGCUCGAUGUACAUAACAACAAGUUUAAACAAACAUUGGCGCUUUACGAUCUUAUGUCGGUUUUUGAACGCACAUCUGGAAGUGCGAAUAUGUACGUAACGAGUUUUACUUGAGCAAAGUACUACGAGCAUAUAUGUUUAGAAACAUGUCUGGUGGGUACAUUUUUGCUUUAGACAAUGUGUUCAAAAGUACAUAUGUUGAAAAUUUAAAAGUCAUAUUAUAUCUUUUGGAAGUGAAGGGAGUACGUUUGGCGCGGGGAUAGAGCGGCAUGAUUAGACCCUCUGGCAGCGGGCGCCGCGUACGGUGCCACUCGAGCGCUACAGCGCCCUACGUAGGUACCUAUUGAACUGUAUCAUGUUACGUCUAGGGCAGCGAACGAGCGCAUCAUUUAGUUCACUGCCGACGACGAUCAAACUAGAUUAAGAUACGUAUAACGACACACGGUAGAUGUUUGUUUUUUAUUAUUUUCUAACAUGUUCUCUAGUUAACUCCAGCCAUAGUGUUACACUUUAGAAUAUUAGGGUCGACGAAUUGUGCAAUAAAUUAGCCACUGUUACAGUAUAUUAAUUAUAAUAUGUCAAAACAUGCUCAAUAUUUUCGACUGACCAACUGUAUAAUGUAUCAGUAUAAAUAAAUUUUGACACGAUCGUGUAAUACGAAUUUAUGCUUGAGUGUAGGUCAAAUUGAAAUUGUGUUGCCGAUUGCUUUCGUCAGUCGAUCACAGAUAUGGAUUGAAGUAGAUGUCGCAACUGCAAAUCCUUUGAGUGUCAAUUUAGUAGUUCGUUUGAACUUAAUUGACUCCAGAAGCUGCAAAGUUGGGACUUUAAAUUUGUAUAAUUGAUAGUAAAAUCAUUACAGAUGGUAUUGUGUUCUAUCAAUAGUUGUGACAGGUUUAGUCUUGACAUAAAUUCAGGUAUUGCGUCGUUUGUUCCGAUCUGUGUCUGUGCACUCGAUGCCUGUCGGAUUGUACUCGUAUGUACCUAUAUGUAAGCAUGGCUCCGUAUCGUCACCAGCCUCAUCAGGGACUGGUAAAUAAACCAUUAGCAAGGAAGUAGUUUAGCCCCAGGACAUGGGAACAAACGCGUCUACAUUUAGUACAUAAUACCUAACUAUAGGCCGAUAAUUAUCUAUUACGCACAGUUAUCAAUUGUUUACAAAUUUUGUUAAAGAAAAUUAUAAAAGUGCUAGAUUAUUACUUUUUACUGUAAAUACAGAUUAUUCGGAUGUGUUUUCAGGCGAAUACACACCUAUUGCACGAUUAUGUAGGUACCUACACAGUAAAAUGUUUUUUUGGGUAUUUUAUGUAGAUUUUCUUGCCCAAACCUUACUUCUUCUUUAUUUAAUUAGUUCAUACAUCAUUGUUAUUGAUAUGUUAUGUCUACUCGAUUAGUACCUACAUGAUAUAUCCCGUUGGCUAUAAUUUCGUCUCGUACGUAUCAUUAUAUACGUGCAAGUAUGAAGAAACAAAGGAUAAUAUUAUAUAUAUAUAUAGCUCAAACCAUGUGAUAUCUAGUCUUUUCCAUUAUAAAAUUAUCCUUCCUUUUACAUACUUAACAUAACAUUAGACGUAAAGCGCAUCCUAUAGGUUCAAGAAGCAUCUUAUCUAUUUGAUAACUUGAUAUUAAUGGUACUUAUUCAUAGUAAUAUAAGUACCUAUUGGUAUAAAAUCUGUCGGAGCACUACAAUACCUCUAUCACAAUUAUCUUUCUAUCAUUAUUUAUUUCCUAAAUUACAAAAGAAAUUAUGAGAAUAAUAGCAUUUCAAAACAUAGCCUAAAGUCAUUCGACAAUUUCUAUAGACUAAAAUGAAAAGAUAGCAAUAUAUUAGAUUAAUGUUAACUAAAUCGUAUUGUAUCAGUUUGUAUAAAGAGGAGUAAGUAUACAAAAUUAUGUGCACAUUGGCAGAUAUGCUUGUGUAAUGCGGAUAAACAGCAGCACCCGAAUAUUAAAUAAUCAAACGCAUCCUGCACAAUAUCUCAGCACAAUAAUUGAUAAAUACUCGAAUAUUCAAAAUAUCAUACUAAGCACUUUAACUCCAAUAACUCCACAAUAAGUUUACCUCAAUUGGAAACAAAAAUGCACAAGCCACGAUUUUAUAAUACGAAAUAUCCAUUACUUUCGUUUUUUAGAAUAUUUUUAGUUGUAAGUGUUGAGAUCAUGUGUUUACUGUGUAAGCACAAAAAGGAUUCAAUUCAAAAAGAUAAAAAUACAAUAACGUUGCUAUGAUUA